GCAAAUCGAGGAUGGAGGAGGAGGCGUGCAAGCGGCGCAGUUCUCUGUGCCUGGCGUUGUAGAGAGCGAGGGUGCUAGCGGGCAAACGAGCGAGGGGUAGAGAGAGGGAAAGGGUGAGGGUGAGAGAAGUUAGAGAGAGAAGUGGGAGCAGAAGGGAAAAAUGAAGUCGAGCAGGUGAAGGGAACGAAAGGACUGGAGAUUGAAAGGCAGCCGUGCACCAGGCACCAGCGUUUGGCGUACAUCGCAUCGUAGGUGCUUCAGCUGAGUGCUUGUGUCCUGGAAAGAGGGUGGACCGGACGACAGGGAGAAGAAGCGGGAGUGGCAGGAAGAAGACGAAGCAGAAAGAAGUCGCGCCGCUCUGCCCCGUCUUCAUUCUCUCUCUUAUCCGGCGUUUCUAUCUUCUUCCCUUGUUGUGGAGAGACUGACAGCUCGUCGGCGAGUGGUUUAUGGGCCAGCCAACCUGGAGAUGAUGCUUGCAUAGAUUUGCGCCACAGAGAGAGAGAGAGAGAGAGAGAGAGAGAGAGAGAGAGAGAGAGAGAGAGAGAGAGAGAGAGAGAGAGAGAGAGAGAGAGAGAGAGAGNGAGAGAGAGAGAGAGAGAGAGAGAGAGAGAGAGAGAGAGAGAGAGAGAGAGAGAGAGAGAGAGAGAGAGAGAGGAAGAGAGAGUCGCAAAAUCUUUGAUCUGUUUGACGUGUCUAAGAGAAGACAGCGUGAGAAGAGAGACAGAGGAGUGAUCACACUCUUCGACGACGACAGCGGUGUGCAUGUGUCGAAGCGCUCGAAUGACUGGAAUAAUUAAGGACCGGAACGGUAGAGGGGAAAGCGCGAAGUGACAGGAAAGGAAGGGAAAGCGUCAACACAGCGAGGAGUGAAGGAGGAAGUUUGGACAAGGAGGGAGGAAGAGGACAAGAAGAAAGUCGGCCGGGAUGGGCUGUUUCAGUGGUAGAAAAGGGGAGAGAGAGAGAGCGAAAAUGGGGUUGAAGAGAUUAGUAUGGUUGCUUGCGCUCGCCUUACUAUGUGCCGAGGUGCGGUCGUCAGGUUAUUCCUCCUGUCCGCAGGGAUUUAGCAAAGGAGAGAAGUCGGGAUUGUGUUUGUCCCUUGGUAAGGGGAGAUUAAGUUAUGACGAGGCGGAGAGGUCGUGCGCAGAGCAGGGGGAAGGUGUUCAUCUUGCGACGGUGUUCGAUAACGCGACUCUCGACGACCUAGGGCAGCUGUGCCGCGCGGCGUACGGGAGGCAGUGCCUAGUGGGCGCGAAAUUUAGGAGGUGCACCAGGUAUUCCAACGAGUCCGGAUGCGCCAUCGGGGAAUCGAUCGUGGAGUUCGUCGUGACUGAUUGGACCUGGGCGGAAGGCUGUGUCGGCUUUCCGGUGGAUGUGUGGGGUAGUGAGAGCGAUGCCGAUGUUAUCAAUAGCACUAGAGGGGAUUGCGCGAUAUAUGAUGGGGACGGAGGACGUCUCGUCCCGACUCAGUGCACGACGAAGUAUCCUUUUGUAUGCGCUGCCACGUCAGCAACGCCGGCGUGUGACCGGGGACCGUUCGGUGUCGUGAACGAGACGCUGGCGGCGGCGCUUCGCGGCAUCAAGGCCAAUGUCACUUGUGACCCGUACAGGCUGAUGGACAAUUGGGAGGGGGAUAUUCCGUGCAAGUAUCGGGGUGUUUCCUGUCUAUCUGACGGGGAUGUCGUCGGGCUGUCGCUGCAGGAUUGGGCGCUGCAAACGUGCGGACUCUCCCCUAGCAUUGGUAAGCUAACGAGUCUUGGAUUUCUUCAUCUCCCCGGAAACCAUUUCCGCGGAACUCUGCCGCCAGAGAUUAACAACUUGAAGCUGCUGGCGGAGCUUGAUAUCGCCGACAACGAGUUCCAAGGGCCUUUCCCGGACAUCCGAGGGCUGGAUGGGCUUGUGUACCUGGAUCUGCGAUUCAACAAGUUCAGCGGGCGUAUUCCGGAUUGGGUGUACCAGUUGCCCUUGGACGUGCUGAUCGUGAAUGACAACGAUUUCGACGGGCCGCUUUCUGAUUCCGUCGCAGGACUCGACCGAGCAUCUUUGAUGAUUCUCGCAAACAAUAAGCUCGAGAACAUGCUGCCCGAGUCCAUCGGCCGCUUAUCCAGCGUCGCGCAGCUUCUUCUGCAGAACAACCGUUUCCGCAACGUGAUGGACGAGGCGCUUCUGGCGGAGAUAUACAGCGAUCAAUUCAUCGGAGACAAGCUGCCGCGCGCUCUGCCGAAGACUAUCGGGAAUCUGACCGGGCUUCUGAGCAUCGACCUGAGCGCAAACAGUUUGGCGGGAAAUCUUCCCGGGGAAAUCGGAGCUCUGGAGCAGCUGGUGGAGAUAGCAUUGAGCGCGAACAACAUCACGGGUUCGAUUCCGAAAAGCUUCACGAAACUAAGCAAAGUAAAGUCCAUAGACUUCCGGAACAACGCGCUGCAGGGGAGCAUUUCUCCUUUCUUCAAUCUGCCGUCGCUUGAGCGGGCUAUCCUGCGAGACAACUUCUUGAAUGGCUCGGUGCCGAAGGGCACCAAGGUGACGAACCUGGAGGUGGGGGGGAAUUGCCUGUUCGCCGCUGGAUCGACCAAGGGGCAGAAGAAGGCGGACACUUGCAUGGAGUUUUACGACCGUGUGAGCUUCGAGUACUGGCAGCAACCGCAGAAGCCGAAGGUCACGCUGCGCCUCUGGGCUAUUCCGCCCAUCUACUUGGUCAAGUUUGUCAUGGUGGAAGAGCCGCAUUCCAUUAAGGCCACGGGGUCUUCGACGGGGAAGCUGUCGGGCAAAGGAACGGGUUCCGACAUUCAACCGCAAGGGUAUGAACUGGAGCAGUUCUUCAUCAAACCGGAUGUUGUCGGCUAUACUUGCGCUGCUCACUACAACCAUUUCGGAAGUCUUCGCAUCAUCGAAAAGGAGCUGAAUCAACUGGAGAACAAGACGUACACAUUCAGUAGCAGGGAGACAAUAUGCCAGGAGGCCAACCCGUGCGCGUAUUUCGGCGACAGCCAGUCGAAAUGUUGCAGCCAACCGCAGGUUCUGGAUUUCCCUUUCGUCUGCAACUGCUCAAAUGGCUUCACGUUCGUAGGUUAUUCCUGUUACCCGGGAGAGUAUAGUCCUAACCCCAAGCCAGAGCCACCUGUUGUUCCUCCGCCUCCUCCUCCUCCUCCUCCUCCGCCUCCUCCUCCUCCUCCUCCGUCGACUACUCCCCCGCCGCCGCCUCCGCCUCCUCCGCCUCCUCCUCCGCCUCCUCCUCCCCCUUCGACACCGCCUCCCCCUCCUACUCCCGUCGACAAGUGCUCUCGAGGCGGCGAGUACUAUGAAAUGUGUCAAAGUAAUGGUGAUAAGAAGGCUCUUUGCCGACUCGACGUAUGCGGCAAUCCAUACACGUGUCUGUGUAGUCCGGGCUUCAAGCUUUUCCGUGAGAUUGGGACAGAUGGUUUUAAGUCUACCACUUGCAAACCGGCCCAGUGACUGGUCAUAAUUGCGCGGACUUGGGUUUGAUGAGACUCGCAUCGUCGGUCGGAUAGAACCAGCACAGCUGCUGUGUCGAUGCGCGCAUCAGGUCGUCGUGCCCAGCGAGGGAU